AUGGAGUUAUUGUUGGUGAACAUUGUUUUAACACUUGUUGGGAUUGGAACGGCUGAACCUGUGUAUUUCGUCACCACUCCGAGUGUUCUACGAUUCAAUUCCAUAGAGACGGUGGCGGUAAAUGUAUUCGGCAUCAGUGACGUCACUGUUCACCUUUACCUGCACGAUUACCCAAACAGAACGCGCACGUUCUCCCAAACGUCAGUCAUAGCGUCACAAGGACAGACAACGAAAGCUCGUAUGCAUGUAAGGCCUUCCGACCUGCCGGACGAAGAGGACAGACAGAGUCAGGACAUACAUAGUUAUGUGUACCUUGUUGCACGUUCGGACGAUCCACGUCUAUCAUUUUUAAAUGAGACUCUGAUACUUAUGGAACGCAAUACUGGCUUUGUUUUUGUACAAACAGACAAACCUAUCUACACUCCACACCAAGAAGUUAAAAUCCGGGUGAUAACUUUGGAUGAAGAAAGAAAACCAACAGCGACACCUGUCACAAUCGACAUCAAGAAUCCACAAGGAGUGGUCCUUCAGCGAUGGACAGCUUCCUACCAGGGCAGGUUCAUCCUCAAGAAGUUCCAGCUGCCAUCUAUUCCCUACUUUGGUAAAAACUGGACCGUUACAGCACGGUAUCAGGACGGUGUAGAUACCAGUCAUAGUAUUACAUUUGAGGUCAGAGAAUACAUACUGCCUCGUUUUGAUGUGAGCGUAGAUGUACAUGACUUGGAGAUCGUGUUACCUUCAACUGAAUGGAUCAAUGUCACGGUAUCCUCCAAAUACGUGUAUGGGAAGCCUGUGAUUGGUGGUGUGACCUUGUCUUUCGGAGUGAUGGCAGCAGGACAACACGAGACCUGUUCAAAGACGUUUAACAAACUCCUUGUGGACGGACGAACGGACUUCGCCGUGAGUAUUGACGAACUCAAAGAAAGUCUUGAAAGCUAUUGGUUUCCAGACGGUGCCCGUUUGUUCAUAGAGGCGGGGGUUACUGACCUAUCCUCGGGCCGGAAGGAGACCUCCUACCACAAGAGUACAGUUUUCUCCUACUUCCGGUACAUCGUUUCCGUUGAGAAGUCUCAAAAGUACUUCAAACCUGGUCUUUUGUACCGAUUACACGUGGAAACAUUCUUUGCCAACGGAAAGCAGAAUAGUGCCCCGGAUGUAGAUAUUGCUGUGCAGAUAACUCGAUAUAAUGACGCGGGUGUCCUUCAUUCCCUCAAUCGGACGGAGCGGACAGAUGAGGAUGGCACCUUCCAAUACCUCGUCAUAAUGGGCCACACUGAAACACGUAUGGUCAUCAAGGUUAAGGCGCUGGAUCCCGAUGUUGAUGAGGAUGAACAAGACGAAUCGAUAUUAGAGGUGUUACCUCUGUUCUCGCCUUCAGAAAACUAUCUUUCCAUCUGGACUAACUUGCAUGAAACGGAUCUAAUGGUAGAUACCAUAUCUAGUGGAGACAACAAUAAAUCCUUGUCAUAUUUGUUGAUGUCUGGAGGGCGGAUUAUAGACGCAGAACAGUCUCAUGAGAUCGUCCAUCGCCUUGUCACUGGUAAGAUGUCGCCUGGGAUUCGCGUCUUGGCAUUCUACACUGUCAACGAAACAGCAGGCACGGAAGUUGUUGCAGACUCCACGUGGAUAGAUGUAAAGAACAUGUGUGAAAAGGAGUUGGGCGUGUCCAAGGAGAAGGGAAGAUUGCAGCCUGGUGACGGAGAGGGUCUAACACUGCAGAUCAGCGGGGCACCGUCUAGUCUAAUUGGUUUCUUGGCCGUGGACAGGGCAGUUUACCUUCUUAACAAUAAGAACGUACUGAGGAGACACACGAUGUUCAAGAGAUUCGCAUCUCAUGAUAUAGGAUGUGGUUAUGGAGGCGGUCUUACACCAGAACGAGUGUUUGAGGAUUCUGGCUUGGCAGUGAUCACCAACGCUGACCUUAACACCACGCCAAGAGACAGUGCCGGAUGCAGAAACGAAAAUAAGCGCGGAAAACGAUCAUUAGAUGAAUAUGAAACCCUACACACUCACCCCUGUUGCGUGGCCGGUGACUUGUUUGGGAGGGAUGCUGGUACCGAGCUUGAUUGUUAUAACGAAGGGAAGGCUGUGUAUGCGGCAACCAAUAACACGAGCUGUUCAAAGAUCUUCUUCGAAUGCUGCAACAUCUAUAGACCGGCCUCUUUGAUUGACUUUUACGAUUAUGGUCGUGUGAUGCGUCGAGGUAUUGUGAAAUAUACAUUCCGUGACGUCAUUGUUGAUAUUGAAAACGCCGAAGUAAGGUCCUACUUUCCAGAGUCCUGGAUGUUUGAGGAAGAUGAUUAUCUGGAUGAGAACGGACGCCUGGAAAAGAACUUUGCUGUGCCAGAUUCGAUCACGACCCACAUUAUACAAGCCCUCACACUCUCUGAGGAUUAUGGUAUGUGCAUCUCUAAACCAGAGCGCGUGCAGGUAUUCCGCACGUUCUUUGUGGACCUAGAGUUUCCCUACAGUAUUGUCCGACUGGAGCAGGCCGAGGUUAGAGCAACGAUCUACAAUUACUCGCCAGAUAUGUUACCUUGUUUCGUGUAUAUUGUAACCCCAGACGAAAUAUGUACCCCUAGAUCAGAUGAUAGUUAUAUCAAGGUAGAAGUUCAUCCCAACAGUCCGGAACCUAUCAAAUUUCCGAUCGUGCCGCUUCAGGCCGGGGAAUUCGAGUUUGAGGUCAGAGUGUAUUCUAUCAACGGUACCAACGAUGUUGUACGGAAAACGGUAUAUGUAAUUAAUGAGGGAAGAGAGGAGAGGAAAACAGUGUCGUUUUGGCUGGACCCUCAAGCACACAGGGACAGAGUUGGAAGCACAGGAGAUCUGACUGUCAAUAUUAUGUAUCCCUCACCGUACCUAGAGAUACAGGAAGCUACUGUUGAUUUAACCCUUCCUGAAAAGGCCAUUCCAGGAACUGGCAUGUGUAAGGUUUCAGCCAUGGGAAACAUCAUGGACGCGACAGUGCCUGUUGUUCUAGAAGGAGCGAAUGUUUUAUUGGAUAAAGUUCCUCACGGGUGUGGAGAACAGACCAUGAUUUUACUGGCUCCUGUUGUCUAUACGAUGCGGUACCUACAAAGGACAGGGCAACUGUCUAAAACACUUGAGGACAGAGGGAAGAGCAGGCUACGAUUAGGUUACCAAAGAGAGAUGACGUUUCGAAAGAACGAUGGAUCGUUUGCUGUUUGGGCACACAGGCCUUCAAGUACUUGGCUAACGGCAUUCGUGGUUAAGGUGCUGAGUGAGGCCGCUGAAUUCAUUGAUAUUGACUCGGAGGUGAUAUGUGAAGGAAUGCGUUGGUUGUUUAGACACCAGCGGGGAGACGGUGCAUUUAUGGAAACUUUCCCGCUCUUCCACAAGGAAAUGAUGGGUGGCAUGAAUGGUGAAGUGUCUAUGACAGCAUAUGUAUUAAUAACCCUUCUAGAAGCAGGCUGCAGGCCAGUCGAUACGGAGCAAAACAUAGUGCUUGCGCUUCAAUAUCUUGAAUCUCAUCUAGACUUCAUCGACCAGGCAUACCCUCUCGCCCUUACCACAUACGCCCUUGCCCUUGGAAACAGCCCUAGAAAGAUGGACGCUAUCCAUUACCUUAAAUCACUCUCUAUCGAAGUUGAUAUAGUGGACGGUGGACAAGGCUUGCGGUAUUGGUCCGUGAUCAACUUUGUUGAAGAAGUACCACACUGGCUGUCACAUAACCCGACUGCCAUGGAUGUCGAGAUAACAGCGUAUGCGAUGUUGUCUCUUCUUGCCGUAAAUGACGUUGGCUAUGUUCAUAACGUUGUUGAGUGGCUUCUCACACAGAAAACCUCAACGGGGGCUUUCAAGUCUACGCAGGAUACCGUGGUUGGACUACAUGCUCUAUCCGAGUACAAUGUUAAGUCUUACGCUCUCAAAAUAGACCUCCACACCAAGAUAAAGGUAUCAACAAACGACGCCAUUGAGCAUGACAUCGUUUUGUCUGACGAUGACGUCACCGUUCAGAAAGCUGUGCAUGACAUACCCGUUGAAGGCAAGCUGAAAGUGACUACAGAGGGCACAGGAGUAGGUAGGAUGGAAGUGGAAGUUCGUUACAACGUGAACACAACAGAAGAUGAGAGAUGUAAAUUCGCCAUUGACGUGUAUGACUCUGAGGUGCAGUUUAAUUACUUCCAAAGCAAGGGACUUGCCACAGAUAUGAACUGCGAUGCCUGUGGUCAUUGUGAACAGGAAUAUGAUGAGGAUUUCGAAGAUGUCCUUGACAAGUAUAACAAGGUAGAUUUAGACCCUAGAAUAGGUGUCGACCAACCAAGACACAGUUCCCGAAAGAAAAGGUCUCCGGUUGUCAUGAGAAUGCAUGGCGCCAGCAAAGAGCAGACUUGUUUGGAGAUUUGCGUGAGCUACACCGGUUACGAGGUGCUGGAUAUGCCAAUUGUAGACAUUGGACUGCCGACAGGAUUCAACGUUGAGAAAGGUGAUCUGGAAAUGCUGAGACAGAAGGGAGUUAUCGACAGUUACGAAUUGUCCAAAAGGUCCGUAAUGUUUUAUCUUGAUCAGAUUCCUGCUACGGAUGAAACAUGCUUCAAAUUCAGAGUAGUUCGUGAAUUCGAGGUGGAAAAUUUACAAGCUGCAAAAAUUGAGGUCUAUGAUUAUUAUAAAACAGAGGAAAGAUGUACCAAGUUUUACAGUCUGAAGUAUGACGUUGCAAAUCUUGACAUUUUCUGUAGUACAAGUAAAAGAGAAAACUGUCAUUGUGUCGAAGGGAAAUGCGCCGAGAGUUGGGACACGAAAAUACGUUACGGACGGGUAUCCAAGGUGAUCGCUGAUAAUUACCGCAAAAUCUGCUUUGAAUUUGAUUUCGCCCUCCGGAUAGAAGUGACCAAUAUUGUUCAAAAAGGGAACCAUAUGGUAAUAUCAGCUGUGAUUAAGGCUGUCACGAAAGCAGGAGCUGAAGAUUUGGCUGUAAAUGAUGAAAUCGAAUUCUGGAUGAACAUCAGAUGUAAUUUAUUACUGGAAGUCGACCAUAACUAUAUAAUAUACGGCAUGGAUGGUAUUCCUUAUGUAGAUCAGCAUGGCGUUAAUCGGUACCGUUAUUUUCUGCAAGGCAAAACCGUAAUUUUAAAAGACUAUACACUAAGACGAUACAGUACAAAUACCAAACUGGAACAGUGGAGGAGAAGCUUCCGUCGAAUGGAAAACUACAUCCAUCGUUGGGGCUGCUGAUAGGAGAGAUAUCGUCAGCCCAACUGCUUUGGUGAAUAAGGAAGAUGAUUACAAAGGAUGGUUGUUUGUUAAGUAAGGGAGAUAAUCAUAACAUAAGAUAUUCCAACAAUGCAAGAGAAAAAAUAUUUAGUUUAUUACAGAACUUUUGAAGUUUGUUGUUAUGUGUUGUUGAUGUCGGGUAAAAACAUUGAAAGGCCUUCAUUUGAACAAAGAAAAGUUUGAACUAUAUGACUUGAUAUGAUGGAUGUCAACUGACUUA